AUGAAGGACAGUUGCUACCAAGAGUACAAGAAGCAUACCGACUAUGUCGCAGAAUGGCUCAUUGACACUGCGAAGCGUUGUGGACACUGGGAAGCCGCGCUCACGCCACCCCCAACACCGGCCAAGAGCUAUCUCCAGAAACCAAAUAAAGGAGCUGAAUCAGAGCUGGUAGAGCCAGUUGCAGGUGUCUACAAGCUCGUAAUCGAGGACUACAGCAAGUUGGCCUAUUUCAUCGCCUCAAAAUGUCCUGCCCGUCAGACUGCAAGUUUCCAUAUCUUCUUCACUAUUCUUGACCGUUGUAUCGAACUGCGAAAGAAACACAACUCCUCGUACCCCAGCUUCUAUAAAUCAAGCGCCACACAUCAGCACUUCAUAGAAGAAUUGAUAAAGGUCCGAGUUAUCCUAAAGCCUUCGGAAUGCGGUGUCUCGUCCCAUGGACCCGCUGCCCGGGGCCGGGUCGCAAACGACAACAUCAGUCUUCCGAACAGAUUCUCUCAGCUUUUUGUGCGAGAACCCACCAAGAGCCAUCCGCCUGAGCCCAGUCUCGCUUCUCUACCGCAGUCGCCACGAAAUGUCACCUACGAGGCAGGAGUCAAUAGAGAAUCAGAGGAAGGCUAUUCUAGCUUUGCGUCGCUGAUUCGUGGCUAUAAAUCCAUCAGGUGUGUUAUACUUGAAACGUGGAUGGGUUAUAGACAAGGCACCUAUUCCUUGACUGCGGCAUCGCUCACAACGGACACGGCGCUCGACCUUCUUAAGAACGCGGAAGAUGUCACGAAGCCUUUUCUCGAUAAAGUUGGUGGGUUCGAGCAGAUGGUGAAACACCAGGCCCAGUCUAACUUAGUCGAAUAUGGCAACGAAAAGCACAUCGGAUGUCUGGAAACAUUUAUGUGUCCUGAAGUGUACAAAGAAACAAAAUGGCUUUUUCCCCUCUGGCCCAUUUACAUGUUCUUAUUGAGGGUCCUCAAAGCUCUGGGUAAAGGACUUUCACGCGAAGAACUGGACAGAUGCUGUUCAUUUACUGGCUGCCGCCAUGGCGAUUACGAUGCCACUUCCGACAUAUCGGUCAGAGUCACGUUCCUGGGAGACCAGGAAAUCUUGAAAGAGGCCUUGCUCGAAGUCUUCUCUUAUACGAAGAUCUCACCGGUGCCCGUCGAGGACCGGCUUACCAAGGACUUGAAAGUCAUGUUCAAAACACGAAAAAUCUCGCUUUCCCUGCUGUUUGGUGUACAGACCUUCCUUGAUAUUCACUACUCCCUAGAAGGAGUUUAUGUUGGCCGCGGAUUCGAGGAUCUCAGCGAAUUUUCAGCCCUUGUCCGGGACACGAUCUCAUCGACAAGAGCCUACCACAAAAGUCAUGGUGUCCCAGUACCCGACGCGCUGGCUGGCAGAGAUAUCAACUCGCUCAUAAAUGAGAUAGUUCGGCUUCAACGUGAUCCAUUGCGACACUUAUGGGGUCGUGACGACCUCUCACACAAUUACCGAGAGCCGCACAAGCUUUUCAAAUUGCACCCUCUACUCAGCGGUACUUGGUUGUCUAGCAUCAAAGCACGGUUUCACGAGAUAGGAAUCAAUUUCUUAUCAACUUAUAAUGUUGCCCUGUACGCAUGUCACUUAUACAAUGCACUACAUCGCGAAAAACUUCUCAAGGGAGAGUGGAAAGAUAUGGAAUUACUCUUGACUCUUCAUGGAGAUGGCAUGCUUGUGGGCGGACGACAAGCUCCAGUGCAGGAGUACCGGGAAAAUUUUAUGAUCAGCAAGGGAGUCUCUUUGACUGGCCUUUCCAGACGGCGUCCGGCUUCGCGAAAAGCUUCAGGCAAGCCAGAACGGUGUCUGGAAACUCUAGCCCCUGUGUCACGCAUGUUCGCGAACCGUCUAUUCCGCAGUGGAAUCGAGCAGCCGGGACUCAGCAUGUCAGACAUUGAUAAGGUCGUCGACCAAUCCCAAUGGCACCAAUCCGAUGUCUGCUGGUCAAGAAAGCCAAUGGCAGUGAACAAUAGGCGCGCAAACGCAACGAGCACUACGCAGACAACAUCGGGCCCAGGAGAGCUACUUGAGCAUGUACGCGAUGUAAUCGAUCUCGAAUUCCGGGAGAUUUCCAUUGAUUAUUUCUUGCUCUAUCGGACCACAUUGGGCCUGUAUCGGGCAUUCAUGGAUAAACUGGAUGACGGUUUACGACCUCAGCUCGCAAAAAAUUUCGGCGAGAUUAGUGCUUUUUCUUUGGCUGUGGAGUUUGUCCUAGAGACGCUGGGCGAUAUAAAGCGUGGCUCGGACAAGGGGUCCAUGGCGGGUAUGCGAGCCCUAGUGUCCAAUGCUGCUGAAGCUAUGAAUGGGAUAACUGGAUCUGAUGCUGGAGAAGCUGUCAGUAAGCUAUUGGAUGAUGAGCGCCUUCGCUACAAAGAGGAAACUUCGCCUGGGGCUCCGUAUGACGCCCUUUCUGGUACGGCAGCUGAUGAUGACGGAACUGAUCAGGUAUCGACUGAACAAGUGGAGUUGGUGUCUGAUUAG